UUCAAGUUUCCGCAAUGCAAAUGGUAAUUUGCUGUUGGAUUUCCAGCAUCCUUCAAAAAAGAAAAUUGGAGAAGGGGCAAGGCAGAUGCCCAAGUGAAAAGGUUUGGGGGUUUCAUACCUCCCACCUAGAAUGGUAGAUGAAUAUUCAGAAGUCUCAACGUUCGAACUCAACAGAAGAAAAGAUAACCAUUCCUAGAAACUAUUAAAAGUAACACCGAAAGAUUAUAGCUGUCAUUCGAAAAACUUCAGAAGAAGUCUACAAUCGAGCAUCUAGCUUUCCUCGAAAAAUCCCUCGGAUUCUCCUUGGCCAUUUAACAAAUCUAUAUCAAACUAGGUACUCGAGAAGAACAAGCAGUUCUCUUACCUAGUCUCCCAAUGGAGCAAAUUCAAAACAAGGUGAUUUAUCAUAAAGAAACAAUUAAAGAACCACGCACCUUACUAACUUAAACUCCAAGAACGCUCCAUUUUCAUGUUUCUUAGACGAAAACCCGACCGACACUGACGGCUCCCACCACGAGUAUCUUGCAGCCUCAUACAGAAUCAAAGACACCCUGAUCGCCCCAAUCCACCUAGAACGUUGUUUCGUUGAGCAAGAAUUCGAUGUCGACCGACUACACCACAUCAUGAAAUGGCUCUGGGUAGCCGGACGACCAGUGCCUCCAAGACCACUCCAUUAGCAACUAACACUACGACGUGAGCUCGUCAUCACCGAGCGCAUGGAUAUACACAUGAUAUGGGGCCAAGGUCGUAUCUUCCUCAAGCCCAUUCCACGCUUCCUACUGGACCCCAAAUUUUGGGAGUCAAGUCUCUUAUCUGAUCCUCCCAACUAUCAUGGCGAGAAACGAAGCCUUCGACAUCGCGCGAUGGGAUUUUUGGUCUCUUAUGCAGCGUUGGUAGCCCACGAGAGCGACUUCUACAUCGCCCAGGACCGACAUCUUAUCCCUGCCGAUGUGACUUGGAGAAAAUGGCAGAUCUUUAUACGACAAAUCCUAACAAGUUCAAAAUCCGUGCAAUCGGAUGUUGCUGAUCGUUUCAUAUAUGGCGAAAUCCGUCUAAAUCGACUAAACUUGGUGUACUUCUUCAUCAAAAGGUCACUUAGGGGAUAUAUCUCCCAGUGGAAUUCAUACGGUAGUUUUUAUCGUGAUAAUAUGGGAUUGGUGGUGGCUGCAACGACAUAUAUCGUAGUUAUUCUGUCGGCUUUGCAGGUUGGGUUGGGGACCACGCGGUUAGGGGAGAGUGAUGCGUUCCAGUUAGUCUCGUACGUCUUCACGAUGUUUUCGAUUUUCGGUCCGCUAGCUGGCGUGGGGAUUAUCGUUGGGGUGUUUUGCCUUGUGUUUGUGUUGAAUUGGGUUUGGGCAAGGAAUAACGAACGAAAACGGGAGAAGGAACUUGGGAGAAGUUGGAGUGCGACA